GGAGGCAAGAAGCCACACACACACACACACACUGGAGGUAGCCCCAUCAGCUGGGGAAAGCAACACAGCUUGAAUUGUUAUUUUUCUAACGCUUUUCUUCAGUCAAACCGAAUUGAAAGCGGCUUUUUAGAUGUAAGCUAUUGGCAGGUACAGUGGGAGUUCUACGAGGGAGAAACAAAAACCAACCGAACAUCUAUUUAUUUUAAUAAGGAGCGCAGGGGAGGGAGAAGAAAACAGCAAACACGGACUGAAGGUGGCUUUGAAAGCAUGGAAUAUUUCAUGAUGCCGACAGAGAAGAUACAGUCCUUACAACAGUUCAAGAAAUCGGAGAAGGAUGUUAUUGGAGGUCUCUGCAGCCUGGCCAACAUCCCCCUCAGUCCAGAGACUGCUCAGGACCAAGAGAGGCGAAUUCGCAGGGAAAUCGCUAAUAGCAACGAGCGCCGGCGUAUGCAGAGCAUCAACGCAGGAUUCCAGUCCCUGAAAACACUCCUGCCGCACACCGACGGGGAGAAACUCAGCAAGGCGGCCAUCCUGCAGCAGACAGCAGACUAUAUCUUCACCUUGGAGCAGGAAAAGACGCAGCUUCUGGCACAGAACAAUCAGCUCAAGCGCUUCAUCCAGGAGUUAAGUGGCUCAUCGCCUAAAAGGAGGCGAGCAGAGGAGAAGGAUGAAGGGAUUGGGUCUCCAGACAUGUUGGAGGAGGAGAAGGUUGAAGAGCUGAGGAGGGAGAUGUUAGAGCUGCGGCAGCAACUGGACAAGGAGCGCUCGGCUCGCAUGCAGCUGGAGGAUCAGGUGCGCUCUCUGGACACUCAGCUGCACCCAGAGCGUCUGAAGGUGAUCACCCAGCAGGUGGAAGAGGAGCAUGCACUCAUCCAGAGCCAGACCCUGCUACGGCUACACCAGAUCCACGCUGUGGACAGACAGACACACAGUCCACAGGUGUUGGCUUCUCCCCCUGCCCCCACCCACCACCCCACGGUGAUAGUCCCAGCUCCAACACUAACCCAGCACCCCCACCAUCACGUCACAGUGGUCACCAUGAGCCCAUCAGCCCACACCAGCACGGUGUCCACCUCUAGACAGAACCUGGACACCAUUGUGCAGGUUUGAACUUUUUCACUUUAGAGGAUCCUUGCUGAUUAGGCAUUGACAUUGCAUUACUUUACAUUACAUUUUCACACUGUAGUAUUUACUAGGCAGGUUUUGGGUGUCUGACACGUUCAAUGUGUGUUCAGCGGCCCUGAAAAACAUCUGUGUGGUGCUCGAUGUUAUUUGAGUAGACUCCAAGGCAACCGAAACAAGCAUUUUCCUCGUGUUUUAUAGCACUUCCUUCUAAUGGCUCAAAUAAUGUUUCUGCAGUGGUCCUACAGGCAGGUUUGAAGACCUAUGUCUACAUAUUAUAGUUUACUGUCACCAGGGGGCAGUGUCACAAACAACUGGUCUGCAGUAGGGAUGGGUGCCGAAACACCAAGUAUUACUGACCCUGAGGCAAAACUAUUAAAGACUGGUGUGUCAGUAAAAUCUGACGUUAUUGUUAUUUUACAUUUUAUCUGACCACCAUCAUUACUAAUUGAGACAUUAAUCUGUCAUGCAUUUUGGCAUUUCCUGUCCAGAAGAGAAUUCUCUGCCUCUGAGCUUAGAUGUGAAGGGUGGUGUAGCAUGUGUGAGGCAGAACUCAGCAGCGUGAUUGCACUUCACUCAGUCCAUGCUGACAGCAAUUGUUGCCCUGAAAAGGAAAAAACAUGAAAACACUAAACAAAAGUGCGUCACAUUCAGACAAAGAAAAGCAAAGUUUUCUCCUUUUUAGCUCAUAGUUCAUCUUCCGCUGUCAAGUUAUGCAAGACUAGCACCCUGAAACAUGCACACAAUUGUCUAAGUUAUCAGUUAACUUAUCUAAAACAUGAAAGUGGUUUAAUGAUUAAAUGAUCAAAGUAAUUAGUAACAAGCUGAUUGUUAUGCAUUCAGUCCAAGGUUGUCAAAACAUCCUCUGAGCCAUUACUUUCAAUUCCUAAUCCCAAAUCCUCAAAUUCAGUUUCAGAUCACUCAGUGAUUUGGAGGCUGCACUCAAACUAAUGUCACUGCACAAUAACUUGUCUUAAAAAGCCCACAACAUCUGUUCAGUGCAGAGGUUUGAAAUUUUUAAAAUAUUGGAUACAGUGUACAUGGACUUAAUUUACAGUGUAUUGUUUAUCCAUCCAUCCAUCUUUUUCCGCUUUAUCCGGGGCCGGGU